AUGGCUGCUCGAGCCCCGUGGCGCUCCCUCUUCCAAUCCCAUCUGACUCAAAACUCCUCUACCUCAUUUACGCUAUCGACCGUCGGGUAUGACUCUCAGAGCAGGCCAGUUCCGCGCUCUCGGACCUGUGAAUUUCGCGGUUUCUGGCCGAGCCCAAAACUCCAUGAAAGCGCAGCCGAGGCGCUAACGAACCAGGGCGUGGGGCAGAACCCUGCGGUGUACGACAGCGACAUGAUCUCUCUGACGACCGAUAUUCGGAUGGAGAAAGUCAGUCAGAUCAAUUCAUCUGGGAAUAUCGUUGAGGGUGUGUUCUGGUUGACGGAUGUUGGGAAUCAGUGGCGGGUGAAGGGGGAGGCGUUUGUGGUUGGGGACCCGAGUGGUGGGACGCAUGAGGAGGCGGCCAGGAAGGAGAUCCAGAAGGGAGUGAGACGACAAGGAAAUGAUGGAGAUGCGAGUGAUUGGGACUGGGAAAGGCAGGUAACGACGUAUUUUGCGAACCAUUCGCCUGCUAUGAGAGGCACGUUCAAGAAUCCUCCACCUGGUCAGCCUAGGUCCCAGGAGCCCGCUGAUCCCAGUUUGAGAUUGGGCCAAGAGGUGGAGGAUCUUCAAGAUCCUGUUGCGCGUGGCAACUUCAGGGUGGUUAUUAUUCGUCCGAAUGAGGUUGAGCGUCUAGACAUAUCGGAUCUUCAGAAUGUGCGGCGCGUGAGAUGGACUUUUGUCCCGGCGGACAAUCAAGACGAACAGGGAGAGUGGGUUGAAAUGGAAGUGUGGCCGUGA